GGAAGUUGCCAAGCUGGCACUUGCUGCAGCAUUGGCAUGCAGCUGGUACGGCCAUGGCGGCCAUUCCGGAGAAGAAUUGGUGAAGACAAGGGCGCAGACGUAUGUGCAAACGAGGAAAAGUGCAUGAAAAAGCUCCUCCUCGUUUGCAGUAGGUAGGCACUGUCAGGAAAGUGACAAGAACUUACAGCUGCCAGAACUUACGGCUGCCCACAAAGGGCCUUCAAAAUUUUGUAAGGAGGAAGGGUGAAAGAAGCUGCAAGUAACUGGCAACUUUGAUUUCGUGAAGGUGAAGAGUUUCCUUCAUAAGGUUGCGGACAUAGGUUCUGCUCCUGUUCUGCUUGUCGUUGUGGCAUUGUGAUUGGCAAGAUCUCAUAGAGCUGGACCGGGUGCGGUACAGAUCUCAGCAGCUCUCUUUGAGAACUCUGUUCUAUGAUGGCAGGGAGUGUGGGACACAACGCACCUACUAAAAAAGCAGAGGAGGAGUCACCUAUUCCCCCCAAUGCGACAUUGUCUGAGCUGAUUGGUGGGACGCCCUCAGACGGUGCGAAGCAGGCUGCUCGCGAGUCCAAGGCCGACGAGAACAAGGACGUUACCCCUGUGCCUGAGCAACCCCCUAGCCAGCCUGCGACUUUCUCCGACGCCGUGCCAUAUAUCACCACACCCCUAGAAGCUCAGACUGCCCCCAACGGGACGAUGGCAGGGGACCCCAAGGCUGAGCUGGCGGCGGUGCCGGAGGGGAUCCCACUUGCAAACGGUCAGGCGACAGGGAUGCAACUGGCAAGGCCUAAGCUGCAGCGGUCAGAAUCGAAGAUGGUGUCGGCGGUCAAGAACUGGAAGAAGGGAACAGAAAGGGCGAAGAUCCUCAAGAGGCUGGCGGCAGGGGCAACAGUUGCAGAUGACUACGGGGUCUACUUUGACGAUAAGAACCUGUCCAAGCACCACAACUUUGAUGAGACGGAUCAGUGUCAGUGGACCAGGCCGCAGUACGAGACGCUCAACGACGGCAUGUGCCAGUCCCUCAGCAUCUGCAUCAUGAUUACUGGAACCCGGGGGGACGUGCAGCCGUUUGUCGCCAUCGGACAGAAGCUCAAGGAGUAUGGUCAUCGGGUGCGUUUGGCAACACAUUCCAACUUCCGCGACUUUGUUGUCAAGGACGGGGGCCUUGAGUUUUACCCGCUAGGUGGAGACCCGAAGAUCCUGGCCGCAUACAUGGUGAAGAACAAGGGCAUCAUGCCGGCCAACCCCACCGACAUCCCCGUCCAGCGCGCCCAGCUCAAGGCCAUCAUCAAAUCCACGUACGCGGCGUGCAUCAAGCCUGACCCGGAGGGCGGCAAGCCCUUCACGGCAGACGCAAUCAUUGCAAACCCUGUUGCAUACGGCCACAUCCAUGUCGCGGAGAAGAUGAAGAUUCCCCUUCACCUCUUCUUCACGAUGCCCUGGAGCCCCACCACCGCGUUUCCCCACCCCCUCACGCGGCCCUCCACUUUCUCUUUGGAAAGCAAUUACAUGACGUACACAAUCAUUGACUACUUGAUGUGGCUCGGCACCAAGGGCAUUAUCAAUGCGUUCCGGCGCAAGCAGUUGGGGCUCAAGCCGGUGGGCCUCAUGGACCCCGGUUCGUCGCUCAUUCACCAGAACAAGGUGCCCUUCGGCUACAUCUGGAGCCCGUCCCUCGUGCCAAAGCCCAAAGACUGGGGCCCGCACAUCGACGUUGUCGGGUUCUGCUUCCUGGACCUGGCCAAGAACUACAAGCCUGAACAAGAACUUGUGGACUUCCUCAAAGCGGGGCCCCCGCCCGUUUACAUCGGGUUUGGCAGCCUGGCGGUUCCGCACCCUGAGAAGACGGUCCAGAUCUUCUUGGAUGCUCUCAAGAAGACGAACUCCCGGGGACUCAUUUCCAAGGGCUGGGGAGAGCUGGGCGAAGGGCUGGACAUUCCGGACACGUGUAUGCUGUUGGGCAACGUGCCGCACGACUGGCUCUUCACGCAGUGCCAAGCGGUGAUCCACCACGGGGGCGCAGGAACGACCGCGGCCGGGCUCAAGGCGGAAUGCCCGACGACGGUGAUCCCCUUCUUUGGUGACCAGCCGUUUUGGGGGGAGCGCUGCCACGCGCAAGGAGUGGGGCCCAAGCCCAUCCCCAUCGGGCGGGUCUCAGUGGACAACAUCGUCGAGGCCAUUGACUUCAUGAAGAAUCCGGAGGUCAAGGAAAACGCGCGGAAGAUGGCGGCCAAGAUGCAGCAGGAGAACGGCGUGGAAGGGGCCGUGAAGGCGUUCCACAAGCACCUGCCCAAAAAUCUCCGGUCCACGGAGAUUGAGUGGGGACUCAGCAAAUCGCGGAAAACUCAGUCGGGUCUGUUGUCUGCGUGUGCGUGUACGUCAACACCGAAGACGGUGGAUUAGCGGGCCGCAGGCUCCCGUCUAUGCUUUGCAAAGCGUCCACUCCAAACACGGUGCAUGAUCAGCUGGCACUACGCUCGUGAGCAUGCAACGCAUCAGCCGUUCAUAGCGGCAGGCCUCAAUAAGUGCUCUUUGAAAUCUCAAUUGGUCGCAAACUGAGGUGGAGAGUCCUGCGGAGAUGUGCAUAUAGAUACUUCGGUAAACUUGAAUUGCUUGCUAAUCAAGGACUUUGUUGGUUAGUGGUCAGCUAGCAAUAAGCUCGAUCGGAUAAUCGAGCCAAGAUUCUACACUGGCAAGAAAGUUAUUAGGGUUGACCCUCUAGAUCUGACUAACUGAAGCUUUUGAGCGGGAUGCAUGACCCGGGGAGUAUGUUUGGGUCACUCCACCGAAACCGGCAACACUCAGUGUUGCUACUGUUAUUUUUUGUGGCAACAUCAUUUGACCACGAAAUCUGCUGCAA